GGUUAAUGUAAGAAUGCAAGGAACAUGGCGGAUAGUCGAAAGAAAGGUGUAUCGUUUUCUUUUUCCAAGAAGGUUUCUACAAAAAACAAGUCCGAAAAAAAUGCCUUAAAUUCAGAUGAUGCUAAGGCUAAAAAGGAAGAAACUGAUUACAUUAAUGCUGCUGAGGGGAAAGAACUGAAAAGUAUCAAACCUGAGGAGAAACCAAAAGAGAAAGUUAUUCCUUGCAAAACCAAAAAUCGAUGGAUUCUUCCAGAAGAUGCCAAGUUUGUGGACAGUUUGGAUAGACAGGCUGCUGAGGAACUUUUAAAAGCUGUUUCUGGAGAUGAUACUGAAGGUAAUGAAAAUGAAAAUGUAAGCAUUCCACUGUUGAUGAGAAAUCCUUUACCUGACGUUGAGGGAUAUGAAAAGAAUGAGAAACUGGACAUUGCAUUACGGCCUGAACAAAGCUCAAUGCGAGACUAUGAGGAUAUGCCUGUGUCUUCAUUUGGAGCAGCCAUGCUACGUGGAAUGGGGUGGAAUAAGGGGGAAGCUAUUGGAGGCACAAACAAAGGGUUUACAGAACCUAUAGAAUAUAUUCCAAGAUCUAAGGGUUUAGGGCUGGGGGCUGAAAGAAGAGUCAUGGAUGACAUGAUACUUGGGAAGAAGCGGAAACCAGGAGACUCAAUCACAGAAAAGAGUUCUGGUGCUAUUAAAGAAAAGGAUGGUCGUGUCAGACACUUUAAAGGAGUAGGAGAGGCACUCCCUCAGGAAUCAUCUUUAGAUUACAGACCUGGUGUAGGAGUUAUAAUAGAGAAAGGUCCUCAUCAAGAUAUGUGUGGAAAGAUUGUGGCUGUAGAUGUUGAUACCUCAAGAAUUACAAUCCAAUUUCAUUUAAGUGAAGAGAAUAUCACAUUACACCAGUGUAAUGCUAGACUAUUAGAUGAUAUUGAAUAUAGGGCCCUAUCAAGACAAGACAAACUAAAACAAAAUGGACACAAAAUAAGAAGUAACAAGAGAACAAGAAAUGAUGAACAGGAAAGUCAAAAGUGCAAAGAUAGCAAAUAUUCCAAGAAGAGCAAAGAAGGUAAAAGUAAUUCCAGUUCACAAAAGGGAAGCAACACUCAAACCAAAUGUUGGCUGUAUCCACAAAUAAAAGUGAGGAUCAUCAGCAAGAAUUACAAGAAGGGCAAAUAUUACAACAAAAAGGUAAAAGUUGUUGAUGUAGUCAGUAGGGACAAAUGUGUUUGCCAGACAGAGGAGGGAAGACUUAUUGAAGAUGUACCACAAUCAGCAUUGGAGACAGUUGUGCCUAAGACUCUUGAUUCUCAUGUCCGAGUUGUUGGAGGUGAUUCCAAGGGACAGCUUGCAUUGUUACUGGAGCGGAAUACAACAAAGUACAGCGCUGUCAUUCAACUUUUGAUGGACAAGUCAAUUAUUACAGCGGAUUACGAUGACAUUUGUGAACAUGUUGGUGAUAGUAAUGAGUUUUGAUGUUGAAGGAAUGUCAGAGACAGCCUGCUCGGCAGAGCAUUUGUUUAUUUUACUGUCAGCAGGCGUCAAUCCUGUUGAGCUGGCCUGUCUUGCAGGUUUGCGAGAGCUACAACCAGAAGAUCCCAGAAGACAUGAUUUUCACAAAUUCCCACUGGCCCACUGUAUGCACGAAUGCAAAUGAGAACAUGGAGCGAGAGCAGUACUUUUGACACGACACAACAGUUUAUCAAGUAGGUGCCUUCACUGGCGUGGUUUGCCUGCACCAUCACGUGUCUGUGAUAUACAUCGCCAUGAUGGCUGUUAAGCCAAGGAUGGUAGUGCAGUGAGGAAUAUUGAAUGAUAACGACAGAAGUUAAAAUGAAAAUUAUGAGCAAAACCGUUGGAGAAGAUCAAGUGAUAUAAUAUGACGUUUUAGUCCAAAAAAGUUUACUUGGGUGCAGCUAUUCCAAAGAAUGACUUCGUGAGACUGAGCUUUUAUGACUACUGUCUUAUAUAGGAGGCAAAGCCACAGAUGUCGUAGAGAUGAGUGAAUGAGUGAGUGUAACGAUAGAUUCCGAUCUUGACCAAAUAUUUUAACCUGAUGUUUUGCGGUGCUACUCAUUGUUUGUUCCGGAGAAUCUAUGCAAAACUUACUGUUACUGUUUUCUGCGUAGGGUGUUUUCUUUUUAGUGUUCUCUGGUUGGACUUUAUGAACAAACAAAUAUUUCCCUUCUUCCGUAACAAGCAAGGAAACGCGCUCUCAUCUUGAAUUAAAUUUUAAACAAAAACUUAUCGUAAGGUUUGAGAAAUUGGGGAGUAUCACUUGGGUGAUAUCUUCGGAUAUCUCCCAGUUUUAGCAAAUAUUUGUUAACAUGAUGCGUUUAAACCGGUUGUGUACAAGAAAAAUAUUUGAUGGAUCCUUAUCGAGGAGGUUAUUCCAAGUGAUAUUCCCUAAUUUUCAAGCUCCACGUCCAUUUGAGCAUUUUUUGUAUUUUUAAAAAGAAGGACAUGUUUUUUGUAUUCAUCGUAUUAGACAAGAAUGAAAAGUGAACAUCCCUUGCAGUGAAUGAUUAGCUGUUGGUAAAUUUUGUUCCCCGUAAUUUGCAAUAAUAUUUGAAGGAAAUAUGCUCGUUGUUUCGCACUUUAUGGACAAGAUUACUCAUGUUUGCGGAAAACCUUUGAAACUUCAGGAGUUGGCUGCAUACUCACCACCUAUUCUCAUGCAAAAGUACCACUUGAAACCUGAUAGAUUCAUUUUCUGCUAGGCGCGUCUUAUGGUCGUGAAAGUAGAAUUAUUCUUUCAUGUGAUUUUUCAGUUUCGCUGCAGUCACUAGCUUGAAAAGUGAAGCAAGUGCUUUGGCAGAUCGAAAUUUCUCUACUAAACAAACUCUAUCACUUGAAAAAUAUAACGAAACCUCUUCAAAUGGAUAUUCAACUGUUCGUUUGUUGUUCGGAGUUGAGUAGUGACUCGGACUCUGAAAAAUUCGAGCACUCAACAGCUAACUUCUUUGAAACUUCCAAUUUCUUAGUUUUAAAGUUAACAUUGAAAUAGCCCCCUUAUCAAUCAUAAGACAUUUAGUUUAACCUAUCACUCGUUUCGGAAAUGAAAAAAAUUUGGUUUUUUAACAUUCUGUAGGUGUCAGGUACCUUUUUUUCUUUAUCAUCAGUUUAUUCCGUUCCGUAAAUUUUCCCUCUGAACGUUUUUAAAAGAAAGCGUAAAUAUCGAUAAUCUCCGCUGAAAAAAUGUUAUUCCACAUGAUGAAAAUUAAACUUUAAAAAAAUGUAUUUCCCAUUUUCAAAUUCCCAUUUUAUUUUCCCAUUCAUCAUUCCUUAUCUUCCAUUUCCUAUUUCCCAUUCAUCAUUCCUUAUCGUCCAUUUCCUAUUUCACAUUCAUCAUUCCUUAUCGUCCAUUUCCUAUUUCCCAUUCCCUAUUCCUGUUCUUUGCAACAUCCUGCGAGAUACGAUAUGAGUUAUUCAAUAGAUUGAUGGAACGGUGGAACGAAGGAAUGACGGAAUAUAUUAAGAAGCUGAAUGAAUGAAUGAAUGAAUGUUCUAAAACGCAGAAUGUCGUUUUGUUUGAAACAAAAUCUUCAAAAAAUGGAAUUGCAAUAAAAGAAGAAAAUUAUUUAUGAUUUACAGGAGAAAUUAAAAGAAGCAUACAAUUAGGUGAUCUUUGUUGGAGCCCAGAGGUAGGGGCACCAUUAGGUUUCCAAGCUAGCCCCUUUGAAUUAUUAUUAUCAUUAUUAUUAUUAUACAACUAUUGUUAUCAUCAUCAUUAGUGCUUAUAUUGUUAUUUGUUGCCAUUUAAUUAUUGGUUGAAUGUCAAUUGGUUUAUUCUUGAAUCAACUUCCUCAUAGGAACAGGGUACUCACAACUAUGAAGGAUGCGCAAGGUUUUCUGUUGCACGAGACAAAUAUUCUGCAACACCACCUUUUAGCGUCAUUAUACAACCUCUUGUUCUUUACAAUGCUCUAAAAAUUGUGCUAUAUCAGUAGCCAUCUGUAGUCUUUGACUGUCUAUUUUAUUAAGUUGUGAACUUUUAAUGAAUGACGUUAUAUGUAAA